GAUUCAAUUAGCAAUGCUUCUGAUCGGCCUUGAAAACUAGGGGAAAUAAGGAAUACACUAGAGUCCCUAAUCCCUAUAUAUAGAGGCAAAAGUAAUUAGACACUGAUCACAAAGUUCCUAUCCUAAGUCACAAAAUACAUAAAGUUGUCAUUGGUUUCAAGUUAUCAAAACAUGAAGCAAAAGAUAGUCCUUCAAAUGCAACUGCACAGUGACAAAAGCAGAAGCAAGGCCCUCAAGAUUGCAGCUCAAGAAAUAGGUGUGAGCUCAGUGGCAUUGGAAGGGGAUAAUAAAGACAAAUUGGUGGUGACUGGAGAUGUGGAUGCAGUGUGCUUGGGUCGGGUUUUGAGGAAGAAGUUUCGGUGUGUCACCCUUGUAAGUGUGGAAGAAGUGAAGAAAAAGGAAGAAAAACAAUGCAUAAAUGAAGACAACAAAGUGUGUUGUUAUUAUCCACCGUACUGUGCUCCUCCACCUUGUGGUCCUUCUCCCUAUUGCUACAAAGUUGUUUAUGAUUCAUGCGACAAUAGUUGCUCUAUCAUGUGAGGAUUACAAACCAUGAAAAUCAAAGUGAUCAAAGAGUACUAUUUCAAAUUUGCAACCAUAUAUGGUUAUGCGUGUAUUUAAUUAGUUCUAUUAUCCAAUGAGAUUUUCUCAUUCCCUCUCUUUCAAUGAAAUCACAUGGAACUCAUUGCUUACU